GGAUAGGCUGCGUCCGUUGAAGCAACGUGUCCUUGCGGUUGCGUUCGCUGUUCGACAACUUCAACGGACGUCAGCGGUUUCCAUGGCGAUGAUUGGUCUACAACACCGAGAAUAACAUUUUCCACAGCCCAAACACGUUCGCUCCUUUAUUUAACGCUUUGUUGUUAGUAUAGUUGUGUGUACCUUUGCGAGCUGGUAGGUUGUCCCAAGUUCCUAGUUGUCGCCGAAAGUGGGUCAGUCGUUUGCUAACGAUUCGUCGAACAACUUUGCCAACUAGAGAGCGGGUUGUAGAAUUAAUCCAGUGUUUGAGAAAUGUGUCCCAAUACUCCAGCUAGUGUAGUGAUAACGUGCGUCCAACGAUAGUAAAGUAUUCUAUACGCAAAAAUGGGGUCCGAAGUGGAUGCGACCGUGUUAAAACGAACGCAAAGCUCACUCGGAAAAUUUGUGAAACGUCCGGCACUGACCGAUAAGCUGCUGCGUAAGCCACCGUUCCGUUUUCUUCAUGACAUCGUCCAUGCGAUAAUCCGCGAGCAUGGCCUGCUGGAAGGGCUGUACACGGCGGACGAGCUAAACUCGGACAACAUUAAGGACCGGGACUCGAAAAUGGCGUUUCUACAGAAGCUCAUUGACGUCGUUAAGCUGAUAACUGACCGUGAGCUAAAAGUUCGCCCUUCGAAAAUCGUGGCCGGUCUGGAACCGGAACGUACAAACGAACUCCUGCAAGCACUGGCAACCGCCCUGGAAAGCAAGCUAAACACUAGCGACAUAGUGCGCCAAUACUUAGGUGACAAUCGCAAGGCAAAUGGAACAGCUGCAAACGAUGUGGCCGAAACUAAUGGCAGCACAACCACCACCACCACGAAAUUGGAGCCACGCGACGAUACCAAGAAGGUGGGAAAGCAGGAAAAGUCGAAAGAAAAGCCCAAAGAGAAAGAAACAGUGGCCGUGGAAAAGCGAAAGGAUAAAACCACCAAGGGAAAGGAAAAGGAUGUUGUUAGGAAUGGUCCAUCCGUCCAACAACAGCAGCCGGAAAGUAGGACGGAAAGGGGAAAAACUAAACAAAACGGCACCAAAGCUUCAAACGACGCCGGUCGAAAGAAAAGCGAUAAACCGGCCAAAGGAAAAGAGAAGGAGAAAACGGUUAAGCGCAUUUCCUCCAUACCGGAGGAGCAACAUCCAGUAGGCGCUGGGCCGGAUGGGACGCCCCCGGUACGCACGGAAUCGAUAGCGAACGGGUCGGAAAUGGUGGAAAAUGGAACGUCCCAUGAUAACCGCCGCAAGCGGAAAGAUUCGCUCAAGGAGUCAGGAGAGCCGGUAGGUUUGCCCGAAGCGCACGGGGAAGAUAGUGCGGUGCCAUCCGCCGACGAGGAGCACGAAAAGCGCAAGCAACCCGGCAGUAACAGUAGCAGCCGACGAUCGUCGUUGAAAAAGCAGAAUAGCUUAACGCCCAGCGAAAACAAUGCCCUUUCGGAGAUGAACCAAUUUAACGGGUUGCACAGUUCCCUGAGUCGGCAGGACAGUGGUGGUACGGUGGUCGGGCCGGACACGCUGGCUAGCGAAGAACCUGCCGAUGGGCCCAAUCGGACGGCCGAGAUCACGGUAACGGUUGCACCGGCCGAAUCAACAAAAUCAUCCGCCAAACCUCCGAUGCAUCGUCAGCAGUCCGUGGAGACGGUUAUGAGACCAAGGACCAGCCUGAGACCGCCCAGCGUUCGACCGCCGUCGGCAAGACCGGGCGCACCGCGUCGCAAGGAGAAAAACGUCGAGGUAAUACUGCAACCGAACGAAACGCAAAAGUUGGGCGAAAUCAACGUCAAGAUGGAAGUGUUCAACAGUGAGCUGCUGGACGACGAUGGGGAGAAUUUGAUCGUGAUCGAGGACCCGACGACCGGUACGGAUGAAAUCGUGUACGGAAGGGUGACGACAGACACGGGCGGGACCGGCGAAGAGACGGGACGACUGCAGCCUGCCGAGUUGCAGGAAGAGCAACAGGGCCAUCUGGUGCAGCAGAUACUGGAAACGCAGAAAGAAUUUUCCUCACACACCGGCACCAGCGACAGCGAGAUGCUACGGAAGGCGGACAUGGAAUGGACCGCCGGCCAGAGGCAAUCGUCGGCGAAGCAGAUGGAAUCGCUGCGCGAAUCGAUACAGAAGCUAACCCGCUCCGUGAAUCCGCUCGGCAAGCUGAUGAACUUCAUCCAGGAGGACAUCGAUUCGAUGGAGCGAGAGUUGGCAAGCUGGCAGCAGCUCUACACCCAAUCGAUGGUGGAGCUUAACAAAGAACGAAGUGCCACGGAGAACGCCAUCGAACCGUUGAAGCAGCAGCUGCACCAAAUUGAUGUCAACAUCAAAGAGUACCGCGACAUGAUCGACACAACACGGGCCAACAUUCUGCAGAAUGAGGCAAAGAUCGAACGGCUGUACAUGACGGAGAUUUAGCGGUUCGUCACCGGGCGAGGAGGAGGAAACCACUGGCGGCGUGGACAUGGAUAAAUAUCACGAAGCUGUAGUUUUUCCGCAA